AUGUCGCUCUUUAAUCCACGCACGCUCGUUGCCGCCCUCUUGCUGGCACCUACAUUCGCUUUGCCUGCUUCUGAAGCCAAGCCGGCCCGACUGGAGGAGAGGAAUAUCGGCAACGACGGAGAGCUCGCCGCCGCGAACCCCCGUGCCGCAUUCUUCCGAAAGGUCGUUGACGACUCCUGCUACACGAACUCCAGCAAGGUGCCGACUCCGAAGGACGUUCCGCUCAAAGUGGGCAUCAUUGGAGGAGGGGCGGCAGGUCUCUACGCUGCCAUUCUGCUGGACUCUCUCGGUAUCGACUACGACAUCCACGAAGUGUCCGGCCGCGUCGGUGGGAGAGUAUUUACUCAUCACUUCGAUCAGCAGGCAUGGGACCAGUCGACGCCCGACGAUCCUGCGUACUACGACUACUAUGACGUGGGAGCGAUGCGUUUCCCGCCCAUGCCCUACAUGGACCGCAUCAUCGGCAACAAAUCAUGGAGUCUCAUCCCUUACAUCAACAAGCAGGUCUCCGAACGCGACCAGGUGGUCCAGAAGCACUACAUCUUCAAGACGGACAACACGCUGAGACGCUACAACGGCGUCACGUCCCUGCUCCAAGAACCCACCUCGGCGUCUCCCGACCGAUACGACGUGCCCGUCUUCGACUCGGCCUUUGAGACGCAGUCCGCAAGCACGGUCUGGGCGGACCAGGUCAAGUUCAUGACCGACGCGCUGACGGCGGACUUCACCUCCGGGUUCAACCUGCUCAUGGAGUACGACUCCGUGACGGUGCGGCAGUUCCUGCUGGACCAGGGCUUCACCAACACCGAGAUCGACUGGCUGGAGACCAUCAACGACGCCACCGGCCACUACGACAUGUACUCCAUGUCCCAGGCCGUGCUGGAGCAGUGGAUCUUUGACAGCGCCGACAUCAACAAGUGGACCCUCAUCAACGGCGGCAUGGACAUGCUGACCAAGGGCAUGAACCUCGUCGUCAAGAACAAGCCCGUCCUCCACAACAGGGUCACCGACAUCAAGAAGGGCCCCAGCGGCACGCUGAAGGUCGUCGUCAACGGCACCGAGGAGUACAGCUACGCCCACGUCAUCUCGACCGUCCCGCUGGGCGCUCUCCAGGUCAUCAACAUGACCGAGUUGGAUCUGAGCUACUUCGAGAACAAUGCCAUCCGCACCUUGAACUACGAUCCCUCAACCAAGGUCGGCUUCAAGUUCAAGACCCGGUGGUGGGAGAACCUCACGACCGGCAACUUUCAGGGCGGCCAGUCCUUCACCGAUCUCCCCAUCCGCCGCUGCGUGUAUCCCUCCUACGGCAUCGACGUGCCGAACGCGCCCGGCUCCAUGAUCGCCAGCUACGUCUGGGGCCAGGACGCCUCGCGCCUGGGAUCGUACCUGAACCCGCACAACCCGACGACGCAGGCGCCCUACCAGCCCGAGAGCGCCGACGUCCUGAUCGACGUGAUGCUCAGGAACCUGGCGGAGCUCCACGGCGUGUCUCACGAGUUCGUCCUCUCGCAGUUCGAGACCUACCACGCGUACGACUGGUACGGCUCGGCCUACUCCAACGGCGCGUUCGCCAUCUUCGGCCCGGGCCAGUUCAGCAGCACCCUCCCCUGGCUGAUGCGGCCCGCGGCCAACGGCCACCUGCACUUCGGCGGAGAGGCGCUGAGCUCCGGGCACGCGUGGAUCAUUGGCGCCGUGAACAGCGCCUGGAGGACCGUGUUCGAGAUCCUGGACACCGAGGGCCUGGAGGACAAGAAGAAGGAGUUCGUCGACCAGUGGGGGGUCAUUGACGAGGUCGACAUGGGCUGGUACAACUGGUCGCCAGAGGGCGAGCCUUGA